AACAAGAUGAGGAUACCGAAUCUGGAGCUGAGUCGCGGACUAGGUCGCUUUCUUUAAGACGUUCGCGGCACUGCCCUCGAUGCGCACGGCAGACUAUCAACCGGUCGUCUCCAGGAUAAAACAGCUCCUCUGUGUACUCUCGGUUUUGUGCGAAAACCGGAGCUCUCUGAACACUCUCUCUAUUGUGUUUAUGCUCGUUGUGGUGUGUUUAGAGGGGCUGGGGAAGCGGCUAUUUAUAGGAGCCGAACCC